UCACCACUUCACUAUAGAACGUCGUUAGUCUCGUGUGGUCUAAGAAGAUGUGUGAUUGUUAAGUGUUUUAAGAAAUUAUCGACGACGUUUUCAUCAUUCCUUUGCCGUUUUUAUCCUCCAUACAACUUGCAGUUGCAGAUGUUAAAAUGGAAAAUUUAUCGGUCAGUUUUCCCAAAGUUCUCAUAAAGUGUACCGAUGAAAAACUUUGCAUCACUACAAUGAGUAGUUUCUACAAGCCUAAACUGAAUGUAGAGCAAAUGGAUUUCAAGGUCUGUAUCCUCUUAUUGAACUCUUGGAUCUCUGUGAAAAAAUGCAUUGUUUUCAGAUGGAUUACUGAUGGUGAUGACACCAACGUUGAAGUACCUUUUGAUUUAACUGACUAUUCAAAACCAGAGAAUUGUGAUGGAACACGAUUUGUUUUGAAAACUGGCUUUCCGCUUUAUCAUUGUGAUAACAUUGAAAAAAUUGCAUCAGAACGAGACCGACACAUUUUAGGAAAUAAUAAUAGGCUGACUCCGAAAGCAAAACGUUCUCUUUCUUAUCCAACAAAGGUUCCAAAUUUCUCUAGUUCCUUCACUGACGAUAUGGAGAUACCGAGGACCGAUGUCACCUUCACUGAUUUAUCGCAGUCAACUAACCAACCUUCUAAAAAAAGAAGUUACGAAGAAUUGGACAAAGAAAACUUUAAAUUACAGGAGAAAAUCAUAAAACUAGAGGCUUAUGUCGACAAACUUGCCAAGGAUUGCGCUGAGCAAGAGGAUAAAAAGGCUGACGUAGAGGAAGAAUUGGAUAAGUUGAAAAAGGAACAACCAUUAGCACUCAUUGAGAAAAUGAAGGAGCAUGUUCUUGAUUUGGGCCAGGUUUUAAAGAAUUCUCUUCAGGCUUCACCAUCUGUUUAUUCUCCAUCAGUCAGUUAUCUGUCCUCUCCUACAUCUUUGGGUGGAAGCCACGUACCUGUUAUAAGAGCUGUAACUCCUCACAAUGUUGUCCUAUUUAAAGAAGUUUUGAUCAACGAGGGUAGUUUGAGGAAGGCAAAAGUGGCUCUGAAAACAGACGGAAAUUCAAAAAAAUCAAGAAACAAUGGUGUUUCCAUCAUACUGGACGCCCUGUACCAGCUAGAAGAGUUGGCGAAUAUGUCCCUUUCCGGUAAUUCCUGUCCAAGUAUUCCGGGAUCUAAGGCAAAGCCAGCAAUUCCCAAGGAGGUCUUGGAUGAAAUUAUAGGAUUCAUGAUCCGGUUUUGGGAUCAAGCAUACAAGGGAUACAUCCUGACAGAGCAGCAAGUAAAAGAAUCUGUAAGUGCCAAACUCAUGGCAGUCCACACAAAAGCAAAGAAGACUAAAAAGAGAAUGCCGGCCAACGACGCAUCAGCUUCCAACGAUGCAUCAGCUACCAUGGCUACUUUGGCUCCCCUCGCUUCCACUACAUCUGACGUGUAACUUAAACGCUGCCAAUCCCAUCUUUGCAAACCAAUUUAAAUUGCAAACCCUUUUUUAUUUCACUUUUUUAACAUUGUUUCCUGAUACAAAAUCUGGUCCGUUACUCUAAUCAUGCCUUCUUAUCUAGAAGGAUUUUUACCUAGUUAAUAUAUCUAUCACUGCUGUUUUGUUUUAUUAUGGUCUUAUAUGCUACAGUUAUUCGUAAGGGU